AUGCAGCCGGUGUCCUGGCGGGCGCUGGGAGCCGCCCUCAUCCUGUGCGGAGGGCUGCUGCUUGCCAUGAAGAGGGUGAAGAAGGCGAAGGAGGACAAGCUGGAGAAGGAGCGGAACCGAGGCAUCGGGAAACCGCUGCUGGGAGGGCCCUUCUCGCUCGUCAGCCACGAGGGACAGCCCAGGACCAACAGAGACUAUCUCGGCCAGUGGGUGCUCAUCUACUUCGGCUUCACACACUGCCCCGACAUCUGUCCCGAGGAACUGGAGAAAAUGAUUGAAGUGGUCAAUGAAAUUGAUAGAAUCCCGUCCUUGCCUGAUCUGACCCCACUCUUCAUCACCAUUGAUCCUGAGAGGGACAGUGAAGAAGCCAUUGCCAGAUAUGUUAAAGAAUUUUCUCCAAAGCUGGUUGGGUUGACUGGUACCAGAGCACAGAUCGACCAAGUGGCCAAAGCUUUCCGUGUGUAUUACAGCGAAGGUCCCAAAGAUGAAGACAAUGAUUACAUUGUGGAUCACACAAUAAUAAUGUACCUGCUUGGGCCAGAUGGUGACUUUGUGGACUAUUACGGCCAGAAUAAGAGGAGUGCUGAGAUUUCUGCUUCUAUUGCUGCACACAUGAGGAAAUACAGAUCGUAAAGAAGAGCCUCCCAGUAAAGAGUGGCUGCAGUGUCUGGAAUUGUCUGCACGUGGGGACAGCAUUACUGAGAGCCCGGAGCAUAUUGGCAGCUUUGCAGCGCUGGAGGGGCUUAUGCAGAAGAGGUCUCACUUGCAGAGUGACUGUGAGGCAUCUGUUUGCAUUUUCUUUCAUUUGAUUUGACUGAUGAUAAUGGGAUAUCAGAACUUUGCAUGCUGAUGAAACAUAAUGCGCUGCAUUUCAUCUCCUUAGAAAGUAGUGUUGAUAUAUACAAUAUAGUAGGACAGGCCAUUGCAUGGUUUGGAUGUGCCCAUCACCAGGAAUUUUUGUGUAUUGGUUUAUACCAGGUGUUUUAGUGCCUUAGUAGAAUUUAACUUCCUUUUCAGCUGUUGAGCAUUGUUCUGGCUGCUUUGGAUGCAGUUAGCAAAGACAAGCAGCUUCCAAAGGAAGUUUCUCAUGCUGGCUCUCGUGUCACUUAGAGCCGUGUCACAUCCAAGGUGUUAUCAGUAAUGUUAGUGUCUAGGAUGAGUGGCGCUGACAAUAAUAAUUUUGUUUUCAUAGAGACAGUAUUGUUUCUGAGGAGUCUCAUCUCACCUUUUAUUUUUUCCCACAAUUCCAGAGGCAAUAAAUUAAUUGAGUUCAAAACUUUGCUUCUAAUGAA